AUGAGCCGGAGCCUGGCAGGGUGGAAGCCACCAGGACGCCUCGAGGGAGAGUGGGCGUGGGGCCAGCGCAGGCCCGACGGCACCAGCGCACCCCUGGAGAUCGUGCUGCUGGCCAAGGUGUCCACUGGCUUCCCUGGUGUGGUCCAGCUGCUGGAGUGGCUUGAGCUCCCCAACAACACCUCGAUGGUGCUGGAGCACCCGGAGCAGUGUCAGGACCUGCAGCAUUUCAUUGGGGCUCGGGGGUUCCUGCCCGAGGAGGUGGUGCAGGAGCUGUUCCUCCAGGUGCUGGAGGCCGUGCGGCACUGCACCAGCUGCGGGGUCCUGCACAGGGACAUCAAACCAGAGAACAUCCUGCUUGACCUGCACACCGGGCAGGCCAAAUUGAUCGACUUUGGCUGUGGCACCUACCUGCAAGACACAGCCUACACUCACUUUGCAGGAACACGGUCAUACAGCCCCCCGGAAUGGAGCCACUUUGGCUGGUACUAUGGCAAGCCAGCUCCCAUCUGGUCCCUGGGCAUCCUGCUGCACCAGAUGGUCUGCGGGGAGCACCCUUUCAGGAGGGGCCAGAACAUCAGCUGGGACCAUCAGCUCUCGCUGCCACAAGGGCUCUCUCAAGAGUGCCAAGAUCUGAUCAGGCGGUGUUUAUCCAUGUUGGACUUGGAAAGGCCCUCAUUGGAAGAGCUGCUCUGUCAUCCUUGGAUGCAGGAUAUUCAUCUGCCCUAG